AUUUUCCUAAUAAUAAGUCUAAAAAUAACUUUAGGUUAGGAGUUGUGGGAUUUAUGUGCUCCCGGGAAGAUCAAAUCCCUGGAAACGCUGGAGUGAAAGAUAUUGUCCUCGCCCUGAGGUGGAUUCGGGAUAACAUUGUCGCUUUUAAGGGAAACCCUCACAGGGUGGUCGUGGCCGGACAAAGCUUUGGCGCUGCAAUGGUGGAGGCACUUACGCUCUCCUCAAUGGCUAGGGGUCUUUAUCAUGGAAUAAUAUUACAAAGCGGCACUGUCUUAGCACCGUGGGCGUUUAACUAUGACGCAAAAGAUAAGACAGAGUACAUGAAACUUACCAUGAACGGAACACAUUCACUGCUAAAUUCAGCCAUACCGGAUGUAGUGUUCAAUUCGGAAGAACUCGACGUCCCAUACUAUCCAUUUGGUAUGUGCAAGGAAGAGGCGUUUAAAAAUGAAGAAAGACUGCUUUCAGAAGCACCAUUCAAUUCGUUUAUAAAAGGGAAAUUUACAUCCGUUCCAACGAUAAUCGGAUAUAACUCGAACGAAGCCUAUGUAUUUGUUUCAAUGUUAAAACACAGGAAAACUGUUAAGAAAAUGGAAAGGGCUGUGAUGUUCCUGCUUCCUAUGGAGUUACAAUCAAACAACGAACGAGAAAUGCACCCGCUGAGCAAACAGCUGAUGGACACGUACUUUAAAGAUAAUAUGAAUGUCAGUUCAAUGUUGGAAUACCACAGGUGAUUUGUAACUUCAUUUAUGAGGAAAUUUGUAAUUUAGCAGUCUAAAUUUAUGUUUCUAUGGGUCACAAGGGAUCAGUACUUAUUUAGACUUCCUAGCUUUUAGGUAAGUAAAUAAAUAUAUUGACUACAAAUGGUAA